AUGCCAAGCAAAAAGAAGAAGGCUUCUGCAUCAUCGUCGGGGAAUGAAGCUUUGGAUGCAGCGACCGACUCAACAAAUUCUGGUGAAAUAAAAAAUAUGGAAGAUGACAAAGAGGUGCCUUUGAACGGUGGUGCUGACCAUGCCUCCAAUCACAAACAAGAAAAACGGAAAAAACGUAAAAAAGGAUCUGAUGAUGGCUUGGCUGGAGACGACAAUGGGAGUGCCGAAAAGAAAACACUCAAAGUGAAGAUCAAACUCGGAGACUCCGAGACAACAACACAAGCAGUGGAUGAUGAUUUGGAACCCGAAAAGAAGAAGAAAAAAACGAAAUCUAAAAAGAGUGAGCCUCCAAAGGAUUUAGUAGUAUUGUUGGAUGAUGUUAUUGAGAAACUUUUCAAAGCCGACAAAAAACAAAUCUUUUGGUAUCCUGUCCAGGACGAAGUGUACCUUCAGACAAUCAAAAAUCCAAUGGACUUAUCAACACUUAAAUCUAAGCUACUUCAAGGAAAAUAUGAUACAGUUGCUCAUUUCAAAGCUGACCUUGAAUUGAUCUAUCAAAAUGCAGAAACGUUCAACGGCACAGGAUCACCUAUUCACAAACAAGCAGAAAAGUUGCGUGCCAUUUCUUCGAAAGAGCUUGCCAGUUUUUCGGAAGACGAGAAGAUUAUUACUCCACUCACAAGUGACAUUAGUUCUUCUGAGGAAUGUAUGAUUCAGAUUAUAGAUAUUCUUAAAUUUGAGGAUUCAUAUUCGAUUUUUCACGAGCCAGUCCCUCUUACAGUUCCAGGCUAUCACGAGCUCAUCAAAAAGCCCAUGGAUUUUUCCACCCUUAGAAAGAAAGUGACUGAAAAACAUAUUUCAAUUAGCAAGUUCGAGAAAUAUUUGAAUAGAGUUUUUGCGAACGCCAAGAAGUUUAAUCCUGUUGGCACAAUCUAUCAUGGUGAAGCCGUCAGAAUUGGCGAUUUUGCAAAGGAAUUGAUAGAACAAUUGAAAACCAAGUUCUCGAAAGGCGGGCUAAAAACAACUCCAAAAAUUACUAUUAAGAUUUCUGAUGAAGAGCCAAAAGAAAAGAAGUCAAAGAAAAAGAAGCAAGAAGACGAAAAGGCAGAGAAGAGUGCAGAGCAAAAAGAAGACAAGAAGUCAAAGAAAAAAAAGAAGGAAAAGAAAAUUGAAUCAAAACAAGAAAACGAACAGAAGAAUGAAGUUGAACAGGUGGAAGAAGCUUCUAUCAACGUAGAGUCGAAAGAAACCAAUGAAAUAACUACUCCUAAGAAGUCUUCCGAUAAGAAGAAGACACCUAAGUCGAAGUCUUCCACGAAGUGGCGAGAUCGAGUUCGUAUAACAGAUCUUGAUUUUCCAGAGUUGGAGAAAGAUUCUUUAUAUACCCUAAUUGAUCUCAUUUGGAAGAAGCUAAAUGAGAUUGAUGAAUAUUCCAUUUUUAAAAAUCCUGUUGCCAAGGAUGUUCCAGGAUAUUACGACAUGAUAAAAGAGCCUAUGGAUCUUUCCACUAUGAAAGGCAAAAUGGAUGCAAAGAGCUAUGAAAAUUGGAGAGAUUUUGAGGACGAUGUAGAUCGUAUCUAUGACAACUGCAAGCUAUUUAAUUCUCAAGAUUCUAUUUUUUCAAAAGAGGCAAACAGACAACAACGGUGGUUUAGAAAGUGGAAAAAGGACAUGGUUACUCAUUUUGGAAAAUUGCAGAAAUCAGACCUUACUCCUGCAUUUGUUUCGAAUUAUUUUAAUGAGAUUUCCGUGGUAAAAACAGGAGCUCCAAAAUAUGACUUGUCUGCCCUCAACGAUGAAGAGGAGGAGGAAGAAGAGAUCACUACACUUCCUAAAACCUCACUCUGCUAUCAUUUACUUAAAAUUGCAGAGGAUCUGAAAACUCAAGACAAAAACAAAUACUUUUGGAAUAACGUUGAUGAGAGUGUUCAUCCAAACUACAAGGAAAAAGUUAAGCAUCCAAUGAGCCUGUCAACCAUCAUUGACAAUUGUAAAAACAUGAACUACAAAACCAUCGAUCAAUUUGUCAAUGAUUUGGACCUGAUUCAUUCCAAUACUGUCAAUUAUUUUACUUCAUCAUCGAAAGAAGCUAAGGAAGCUAAGCGCUUAUUUAAUUUAUCAAAGGACAAAGUGCAACCCUUGAGAUCAAAAACUUUCAAAGAUGUACCAUCUACUCCGGUCUCUCAACCAAAGACCAACAAGAGAGAAACUAGGGCUUCUUCUUCCGCUGAUAUUGAUUCAUUUAUUGAGCCUGAAGUACCAUCAAAAACAUCAGAAAAAAAGAAGAAGCCAUCAUCACAGGCGUCACAACCCAAAUCUACAAAAAAGAAGAAGACCCUUCCUCCAACCAAUCCUUACAGCAAGGAUAUUGACCUUGGUUGGGUUCCAAUGAUUCAACCUUGCACUUAUUGGCAGUUUCCAACAUACACACCCGAUCCUAACCCUGAAAAUCGACCAAAAUCCAUUGAAUCUAACCAUGAUGCAACUCAAUCCUUCAUUGAUCCCUCCUCAUUAUCGUCCUCUUACAGCAGAGAUGAUGAAUCAGUUUCUUCCAAUGACGAAGAAGUUGGCCCAACCCCAAGAAAAGAUAAAAAGAAGGAAAAACCACAAGCAAAACCUGCUGUUGAUGCUGCUUCAACCUUUAAGACACCAAAAACUUCGAAAAAGGACAAGUCUGUCACGAUUCCUCAAACCCCAAUGAUCAUAACUCCUCCCUCUUCAUCAUUUACUCCAGCUUCUCUAUUGUCACCCUCCGCUGUCCAACCUCUAUCUAACAAGACUGCCAUUCCCAACAUUGUUAUUGAAAACAGACCACUUCCAAAACAUUCCUACCUUGUCAAGAAAUUUAGGCAAAGUAUUAAUUUCAGAAAUCCAACUUACGACUGGAAAACAUUACAAAACAUGUCUCUUUCUGAUUGCUUAAAAAUUUUCUCUGAUGAGGAUCGAACUUUGGAAGAGAUUGUUCAAUGUUACAAAAAACAGCCAGAUAUUAUCCCAACUCAUAACCUAUCUUAUGGCAUGAAAGACUUUAAGGACGUUAAUGAGGAAGAUGACGACCUUAUCCAACGUUUGAUUACAAUAGCUACCAAGAAUUCGGAAAAGCAUCAGACUCACAACCUUCGUGACUCUGACCAUUCUAAUUCACCAAAACCAGGAAGAAGGUCUUCACAUCAUAAAGUGAAAGAUUUUAUCGAUGAGGAAGAAGAAGAAGACGACAUGGAUGAAGAUGAGGAAGAUGAAGAAUUAUCAGACAUGGAAGAGUUAUACGACGAUGAGGGCAAGAAAGAAAAGCAUGUUGACGAAAUGGAAGAUGAAGAAGAGGAUGAAGAAAUAUCAGAAAAUGAUGUGUUGGAACACAUACUUCAAGACUUUGAGACGGUGACAGUUCCAAGCACAAGACGAUCCAACCCUGAGGAAAUGUUCAAGAAGGUGAAACAAACACUCAUCGACGAAGGUGUGAAUAUUUUCGUGGAAGAGUAA